AUGAUGUUCAUCUUCAACCUGAUUUUUUAUUUAUGUGGCUGUGGGCUGCUGGGUGUGGGCAUCUGGCUGUCUGUGUCGCAAGGAAACUUCGCCACAUUUUCUCCUAGCUUUCCGUCGCUUUCAGCUGCCAACCUAGUCAUUGCCAUUGGUACAGUCAUCAUGGUGACCGGCUUUCUGGGCUGCCUAGGUGCUAUCAAGGAAAACAAGUGCCUCCUGUUGAGUUUUUUCAUCGUUUUGCUGAUAAUUCUCCUGGCAGAGCUGAUAUUACUCAUUUUGUUCUUUGUUUAUAUGGACAAGGUCAGUGAGAGUGCAAAGAAAGAUUUGAAGGAAGGUAUGAAGCUAUACAAUUCAGAAAAUAAUGUUGGACUGAAAAAUGCAUGGAAUAUCAUUCAAGCAGAGAUGAAAUGCUGUGGUGUGAAUGACUUUACGGAUUGGUACCCAGUGCUGGGAGAAAACACUGUCCCAGACCGAUGUUGUACGGAAAACUCCCAAGACUGUGGGCGGAACUCCACCGAAUUAGUGUGGAAAACGGGAUGUUAUGAGAGAGUUAUGACCUGGUUCGAUGAGAAUAAGCAUGUCCUUGGUUCGAUUGGGAUGUGCAUCCUCAUAAUGCAGAUUCUUGGCAUGGCCUUCUCCAUGACACUCUUCCAGCAGAUUCACAGGACUGGCAAAAAAUAUGAUGCCUAAAGCCUCUGAAACAUUAUCACAUCAACCCUUCUGUCUCAUCAUAAAAAUGAACAAAAGGAGUG